GUCAUUUUAUAAAUAAAGAUUUUCUUGUUUUAUUGAAAUUUGGCAGGAAGUAGGAGUGGUUUCACAUCUGCUCGUGCUUUUUGAGCUAGGAGUGAGUCAGGAGAGCAGUAUUUGUGGCUAGUGAUUGUGUUUUUUCAGCUUUAUUGUGAAAAUGAUUGUAUCGCCAAUACUACGCAUGCAGUUCCUUGAGCUGCAAGAGCGUGAGCGUGCGAGGCAACGUAGAAGGAGGAUUUUUUCACGUCGGUAUUGGGUGCAUCCAGUGAAUGCCAUCAGGCCCCGGCUUGGUGCCUUUCAGGCCCUUUACCUACAGCUCCGUACUUUCCCUGAUAAAUUUCAGCGGUAUGUGCGGAUGGCUCCCUCUAGUUUUGAUGUCCUCUUGGAGAUUGUUCGUGAUGACAUCCAGUGGCAGGAUACGCACCUACGGUUCGCAGUGUCGCCAGAACAGCGCCUUGUGGUGACCCUAAGGUUUUUGGCGAGUGGAGAGUCCUUUUCUUCGCUCCAUUACCAAUUCAGAUUGGGGAAAUCCACCAUCUCUACUUUGGUACCACAGACAUGUGAGGCGAUAUGGAGGAACCUUCAACGCCAGUAUCUUCUAGAGCCAACCACAGCAAUUUGGAAUGAAGCAGCAGAGGGAUACUGGAGACACGCCAACUUUCCAAAUUGCGUUGGUGCACUAGAUGGAAAACAUGUCAGAUUCAGGAAGCCCUCUGGUAGUGGCUCUUUAUUUUACAAUUACAAAAAAAAAUUUCCAUCAUACUAA